CUGCCAUGCGCCGCGGGUCCUUGUGGCGUCCGUCCCCCGCGCUCGUGCUGGUGCUGUGAGGGCGGCGGGCGGGCCGGCUCGGGCCCAGCGGGGGGAUGGGUUCCCGGGCCGCUCUCCUGGCCAGGGGUAUGGGAUAAGAUCUAUCCAGAGUAAUAAGCAUGGUUCGAGAACGAAAAUGCAUAUUAUGUCACAUCGUGUACAACUCAAAAAAGGAGAUGGAAGAACACAUGAGAAGCAUGCUUCACCACAGAGAACUUGAAAACCUGAAGGGAAGGGACAGCAACCAUGAAUGCCGGGUGUGCAGGGUAACACUGGUGGGUUUGUCAGCAUAUGCCAAGCACAUCUCCAGCCAGCUGCACAAAGACAAUGUUGAUGCCCAUGGCAGAAAAGAGGAAGAGAAAGAAGAGGCAGAAGAAGAAUACUUUGACAAAGAACUCAUUCAACUAAUCAAGCAAAGGAAGGAAAAGAACCGGCAAGCUGAACCAAACUGUGCAAACCAAGAAUUAGAAUGUGAUGAUAGGAGAUCACAGAGAAGGCGAGAAGAAAGAGGUACUUACAAAGAAAGAGAAGCUUAUGAUCAGUCGUCAUGGCAUCAUCAUAAUGUAUCACAAAGGGACUGGAAGUGGGAAAAGGAUGACUAUAUUAGUCCUAGACAAGGCAAAUUUUCUCACUGUCAGAGGAACCCAAAUAUAAACAGACAUUCAGGUGGCCCAAGGGGACGCUCUGGGUGGCACCAAAAUGUUUCAGGAGGCUCUUCAAAUCGACAUAACUUUGGGAAUUCUGGAAAUGUUUGGCAUCCAAGUGGGCGGGGAGGAGCAUCAAAUUGGCAUCACAGUGCCAGGGAGAGAAAUUCUACUUGGCAUUCAGAAGGAACAGGUCAUUUUUCUAGCUGGAAUUCCAAGAGUUAUGGAGGAAACUGGAAACCUGGUCCUCAUGGUGGAAAUGGCUGGAGUUUUAGAAGCUCAGGGGAUACGUAUUCAUUAGAGCCAAUUAAAUAUAAGGAAAGAUAUGGGUGGCAGCGGCAGAAGAAAGACGUUGAUGUUCUGCCAUACCGAGAUCAAAAGAAGAAAAGGGACUUGCUUGAUUUUACUAGUAAUGAACUUCCUUCUGAGGGAGCAUUGGAUUUUGGUGUGUCAAAGCAACCAGAAAGCAGAACUUCAAGAGCCAGUGGAAAAAGUAGUAGUCCUUCCAGAGACAAAAUGUAUCGCUGGGCUCCAUACCCACCACAAAAAGCUGCAGAGCAGCAACCACGGUCUGAAGGUAAUGUUUGUAAAACUCCAGAUAAAAAGGAUUCUGUAUUUAUGCCUCUUGCUGAUUCAUCAAUGAAAGGAAAAACUUGUGAAGCUAAUGACAGCUUUUCAGAAUUAAAAAAAUGGGAGGCAUCCUCCCCUUCUAUUGUAACCUCCGAUCCCCUUGAUUGCAAGGUAAUGAAAGACUGUUCCAGUAGUGAAAAGUGUGACAAAGAUUGUGGUGAAAGUAAUAGGAUGCCACCACUGAAAUCCCCUCUUCUUAGUAUCACAGAUAUCAAGUUAUCUUCCUUAAAGCAAGACACAAACAGUCUCUUAAAAAAUGUCAAGCUUCUAUUAUCCUCGACCAGUGGUGAAGAGCAGAAUCAUUUGAAUGCGCUGAACUUGGAAACAAACAGUUUCUCUUCUUUUUCACCAAAGCUAUGUGAUGAAUAUGCUGGUAGCUUACAAGACCACAAAGAUGUGCUUGGUAGCCAUCUUGGAGAGCCUGCUAAAAACUUAAGUGAAGCAGAGCAAAACCCCAAAAAUGAUCAGUCCAACUGUUCCUUGCAAAACUCUCCCUUAAGAUCUUGUAAGGAUAGAAGUGACCAUAAUAAGGAAGAAAGUGGGAAAGCAUCACCAAAGGACAAGUUCAGAUUACAUUCCUUAGAAGAUGGGAGUAAUGAUGAUUUAAUGGGAAGUGAGAAGUCAGAAGAAAGAGUUGAAAAGUUGGAUUCUUCUGUUAGUUCUUCUUUACCCUGUGACACUCCAGAAGGUAAACCUGUCACUUCUGAAAAGGAAGAUGAUGAAAAGCUGGCUGCUUCAAGCAUUGCUUCUGCUGAUCUAAAAGAUUCUGCAUUUCAGAUGGAAUCCAGAGUUUCUCCAUCAGGCGGUCAGGAGCACUUGCAUGGGGAUUUGAAAACCUCCCCACAGGAUGGAGAAGGGGAUGAAGAGCGUGUCAAGUCGCAUGAUCAUUUUGAAAUGGAAGGUUUUGAAAAUCCUUCAGAUCAUGAACUGCAAAAAGGAGGAAGCCAGUCACUAGGCCCCCUUCUUCCUGAUUUGAGCAAACUUGGCCUCCCUGCCUCUCUGCAAAGAGACCUGACACGACAUAUUAGUCUGAAGAGCAAAGUUGGGACACAUCUCCCAGAGCCCAAUCUCAAUAAUGCACGGCGCAUUCGGAAUGUGAGUGGCCAUCGGAGAAGUGAGACUGAGAAAGAGUCAGGGCUUAAACCCACCCUUAGGCAGAUUCUUAGUGCUUCACGGAGAAAUGUAAACUGGGAUCAAGUCAUCCAGCAGGUAACCAAGAAGAAACAGGAACUCGGCAAAGGUUUGCCAAGGUUUGGCAUAGAAAUGGUACCUCUUGUUCAAAAUGAACAAGAGGGUCUAGAACUCAGUGAAGAAUCUGAUCUGUCUACUCUGGAAGGAUUCCAGUGGGAAGGGAUUUCCUUAGCCAGAAAACGUAGCUUUUCUGAAAGCAGUGUCAUUACAGACAGAAAUCCUUCUGCUUACAGCUUCUUCAGUGAAAAAGCCAAAACAAAAGAAAGUGGGCAAAGGCAAAUAAUUGCUGCUAGUCACUCACAUCACAUAACAUCUGGGUAUGAGGCAAGUGCUGACAUUGAGGUUGACUUGAAACGGGAAACCUCUUCUCUUCCUUUGUCACAUUUUAUGUCUGAAAAAACUGAGACUAGUGGAAGGAGGCACAGCCUACAGGCCACUUCUGAGUUUGCAAGCCUUGCAAAACAAAACCUGGACAGUCCAGAGAAGAGAACACCUCUUCUUGAAAAACAAAAUGUGCUAGAAAUCUCAGAAGAAAACCGUCCAGCUUCAAAUGAUGCUUCAGUUCUUGGAGUGUUCAAUAGCAUAGAUGCAGCUACGGACAGUAGCUGCACAUCUGGUACUGAGCAGAAUGACAGCCAAGGAAUUGGAAAGAAACGAAGAGCAACUGGAGAAGGAUCUUCUCCUGAAAUCCCUAGUCUAGAAAGAAAGAAUAAGAGAAGAAAGCUCAAAGGUAAAAAAGAACGUUAUCAGGUAGACCAGUUGUUGGCUAUUUCGCUGAGAGAAGAAGAGUUAAGCAAGUCCCUGCAUAGUGUGGACAGCAGUCUCUUGCAGGCUAGGGCUGCCCUGCAGGCUGCAUAUGUUGAGGUUCAGCAGUUCCUUGUAUUAAAGCAACAGAUAACCAUGGAAAUGAGUACACUGAGAAGUCAGAGAAUCCAGAUCUUGCAGGGACUACAAGAAACAUAUGAACCUUCAGAACUGUCAGAGCAACUUUCCUGCAGUGUCUUAAAUGAGAAGGGAAAUAGCAAAUCUCAGAUGGCAGCUGACUUAAUUCCUGCAGGCUCCUUCCUGCCUCUUUCGGACACUGUAUCUUCUUCUCUACUUACACUGGGAGCUUCUGCUCAUGUAAACAUGUCGUCACCAUUCCAGUCUUCUGGCAUCACACCUACCACUCUUCCUGACUCCUCAGUACAAGUUAAACAAGAACCUGUCUCUCCAAAAGGCUCAGAAGGAAAUGUUAGCUCUGUGCUCCAGAGUGCUCUGCAUGCUCCACGAACAGAAGAGGUGGAGCAGAAGGAUGAAGAGACCAACCAGAAAACUUCAGUGUAUCCAGUUAUCUCUGCAGCUAUAUCCCUAUCAGAGCUUGCAGCUUGUUUUCAACACACUAAUCAAGAUGUUCUCAAGCCUGCUGUGGAUGGAAGAAAGGCUGAACUUCCUGAGAAUCCAUCUGCUUGUUCAUUGUCUGUUUUCAGCAAGAGAGAAGCAAAUGAUACAGUGACAGAAACCUUUUUAUUGGAUCAGUGUAGCACUUCUCUUCCAAAGUGUUCAGUCCUUCUAGAAAUGCCGAUGGAUAAAACCUCCAAAUUGUCAGUAGAACUAUCCAAGCAACAAACAGUAACCACUGUACUCCCAGCAGAAAAAGGGAACAGGAGGAGGAGAAAGUUAAGGAAGAAGAAAACUCUGAGGGCAGCCCACGUGCCAGAGAACAGUGAUACAGAACAGGAUAUAGUUGACUCUAAGCCUGUCCGGAAAGUCAAGGGUGGAAAGGUCCCUAAAGGAGAAAAAGUUACUACCUCCACUCCUCGAAGACAGGAGGAUGGAGCUACUGCUCAAACAGCACGAAACAAAGAUGAGAAUGACAGUGAUGCUUCCCUGGAACUCCUGGAAGUUCCAGCACCCCAGUGUGAGGUGGUUGAUGUUGGCUCAUCAGAGUCAGGAGAUGAGAAACCAGACAGUCCACCAAAGAGGGAUUCACGCAGCUCUGUGGAUCAAGCAGUCCUACUGGCAUCUUGCUCUGGUUAUGAUGAAGUGAGCUCUACUAGCGAAAUUGACACAAAUUAUAGGGAUGAUGGGAAAAGAAGUGUGGCUGGGACACAGACUUCCAUAUCAUCCCUAAAAGGAUCCAAGAACUCAUCAGAAGUGUCUUCAGAGCCAGGCGAGGAUGAAGAACCUACAGAAGGAAGCUUUGAGGGACACCUGGCAGCAGUGAAUGCUAUUCAGAUAUUUGGCAAUUUGUUGUAUACCUGCUCAGCAGACAAAACUGUUUGUGCCUACAAUCUGGUUAGCAGGAAGUGUGUGGCCAUCUUUGAAGGACAUACUUCAAAAGUGAACUGCCUCCUAGUCACUCAGACAAAUGGGAAGAAUGCUGCACUCUACACUGGCUCAAGUGACCACACUAUCAACUGUUACAAUAUCAAGACCAGAGAGUGCAUGGAACAGUUUAAAUUGGAAGAUCGAGUGCUCUGUUUACACAGUAGAUGGCGGAUCCUUUAUGCAGGCCUUGCAAAUGGCAGUGUGGUUACUUUCAGCAUAAAGAACAACAAGCAGCUUGAUACCUUUGAAUGCCAUGGCCCUAGAGCAGUGAGUUGUCUAGCCACAGCUCAGGAAGGAGCACGGAAGCUAUUGGUAGUGGGCUCCUACGACUGCACUAUCAGUGUGCGAGAUGCACGGAAUGGGCUGCUUCUCAGGACCCUGGAAGGUCACAGCAAGACUAUACUGUGCAUGAAGGUUGUGAAUGAUCUGGUAUUCAGCGGCUCCAGUGAUCAGUCUGUCCAUGCCCACAACAUUCACACUGGAGAGCUGGUACGGAUCUAUAAAGGUCAUAACCAUGCAGUAACAGUUGUGAACAUUCUUGGGAAAGUGAUGGUGACAGCAUGUUUGGAUAAAUUUGUUCGUGUUUAUGAGCUACAGUCACACGACCGCUUGCAAGUCUAUGGAGGCCACUCAGAUAUGAUCAUGUGUAUGACUAUCCAUAAGAGCAUGAUCUACACUGGAUGCUAUGAUGGCAGUGUGAGAGCUGUGAGGCUUAAUCUGAUGCAGAAUUAUCGUUGCUGGUGGCAUGGGUGUUCAUUGAUCUUUGGAGUUGUGGACCAUCUGAAGCAACACUUGCUAACUGACCACACCAACCCAAACUUUCAGACCCUAAAAUGUCGUUGGAAGAACUGUGAUGCUUUCUUUACUUCCAGAAAAGGUUCCAAGCAGGAUGCUGUAGGACACAUUGAAAGACAUGCUGAGGAUGACAGCAGGAUUGACUCAUGAAGCUUUUCACCUCCCACAUUGGGAAGUAAUUUUAUAUGUCAGAAUUAUUCCAGAUAACAUCAAUUUCUUACUCCAGUCUUUCCUCUUCCCACUUGGAAUGAAAAAAUAGUGGGGCUGAAAUGCCUUGCUACAGAGACUGCAGAUUGUGUGGCACUCUGUAGAAGUAAGGAGGCUGGUCAAUUAAGACUUGAAAUGGAAGAUUCUUGCAAGUUUUUAAUUCAUUGACAGAUAAGAAUAUUCCCUGCUCUUGUCUGCCUGGUUUUGUUGUUUAUUUUUUUUAGAAGCAUGGUCUGAGAGAUUUUGGGAAGUCCAGAGAGGUGUUGAGAACUUACAUUACAACAGGUGCUGGUGUUUGCGAUCUCAACUUGAAGCCUGUUAAGUGUCUAAGACAUGUCUGUUUUUAUGUUGUAUCUAGUAUUUUUAGCUGAUUUUAAUAAAUUUCUGCAAACCAGAGUAUCAGACGUUCUACCAGUGUAACCUGAAGAUCUGGUGUACAUUUCUAGUUUCUUCAUGAAAAGAAAAGAUAUUUUAUGGAGAACCAGAUUAAAUUAAUUUUUCUUGCGUUAACUAUAAAUUAUUUUUUAUUCCUUGUGUAAAAAUUGCUAUGACUGGCACAGUAUAUACAGUGACAGACUGCCCUAUAUGUAUACCUCCUGAGGUAUUUUGUUUAUUUGGAGGAAAGCAGUUAUUUCUACUUGCCAGUAGCAGCAAGAUGCCCAGAGCAGAGGCCCCACUGUCAUCCUUUGCAAUCUUGGUCUUCUUAAAUAAAGAUCCCUGUGUACAGGAAGGAAGGAAGUGGUGUUGGCUUUUGUUGUAGUUAAAUACCGGCAUAACCACUACUAUCUUGAUGUACAAGACUGUAGAUGGAUUCCUGGUUUUACUUGGAAUCUUAGUGACUGAGCUUUGCCAUCCCAGAUCUUCAUGGCAUAGCAAACUAAGAGGCUAUGCGAAGGCACUGCUUGUCUGUGUGCAUCCACUUAGGUAGUGUUUUGUUUCUGUUGUGAACUGGCUUAAUUGGCUUGGGCUGUAUGAAGUUCACAAAAACUCAACUGGAAAGAAUGGAGCAGGAUUUUUAAGGAAUUAAAGUCUAAAGUUCUCAAGCAGAAGCUGAGGAUACAAAUUGCAUAUCACAUGUAGAAGUCUUGUUUCUACUAAUGCACAGAAGGUACCACAGAGAAGCCACUGCAGAGGGGAAGACUGUUUCUCUUUGUCAGGGUUCCUCUGCAGUUGUCGCUUGGAGUGGAAAACUUCAACCAUGGAGUUCACUGAACUGUACUUCUUGCAUUUGCAGUCCUCUCUCCCAUAAUGACACUAAUUUAGCAAAGAGCUCUCAAACAGUGAGACUGAUCUAGCAAGAGGCUUUGUGUUCACUUUUGCUUAACUGUUUGUCAGGUUAAAAAAAGAACAGAAGUUUCCUCAAACUGUAACAGAAGGUAAAGAGCCUGGUGUCAAAACUGAGCUGCUUAUACAUGAAUGCAGCGCUGUUCAAACAAAUUGAAUAUACUGUUUUUACUGGGCAUCUCUUUCACCACUACUUUGAGGCUUGGUACGCCAACCAUAGACCAAGUAAAUAUUCUAAACUCAUUCUUUGACUACAGAAAAGCUUUUUUAUGUCAUGAAAGUGAUUGAGGGAAGCCUAUAGAUGUUCCACUCUGCCAUCAAAUCGAGGCACUUCAGGGCCUUCUCUGAAGCAUAUGCUAUUUUACUUGGUGGACUAGCAUCAUUUCUGAUUUUGUGAGACAGGAGUUAAAUAGGAAUGAGAUGCAGUAGCAUCCUACUUCAGAGAUGUGGGAAUCUCUGAGGUUCCAAUGCUUUUGUGGUGAUUUGGGUUUUUUUAUUAAGCUGUUUGUGGACAGGAAAAAAAACCCAAUAUGUGGCUCAGACCAAAAGCUGUUUGGAAGGUGGUUUUGUUUUGUUUUUUGAGGGUGUGUGUUUGUGGUUUUGGUUUGUUUUUGUUUUCUUUGUGGGUGAAGCAGUUCAAGAGAGAAUCAAAAUCAGGGAGAUCUCUUUACAGUGUACGUGUUUUCUGGUGCAGGCUUUAUUGCACUAGAGCCUCUAAGUACUUUUUUUUUUUCCAUGACCUAGAAGGAGACAACUGCAUAAUACUUAAGCCAUUUCCAAAAUUAUUGAUGUUCAGGAGUUUUUCUGUUUUGUUUUGGUUUUUUUAAAACCACAAAGAGGGAGUAUGUAAAACCGUGGCGUAAACAGUGUGAACGUCUCAAGCUGUCCUUCAUGGACUGUGCUUGCAGUGAAGCUGUGGAGGUGUGUGUCCUGAGGGCAAGUGUGUGGAGUGAUUGUAGCAUUCUGAAAAAUGGCAUGAGUAGGUUUUAUUACUUCUUCCUUGUGAUUCUUCAUGUUCUUUCAGCCAUUUUUAAGAAUAUGUAAAGAUCUUUCUCAAUAGUUAUUGCGACAGUCAUUACACUUUAUUUGCAUUCCUGGUUGCCUGUUGGUUUUAUCUUUUCUAGUUGAUGGAAGUAGACUUCAUUUUCUUCUAGUCCGUGACAUUUCCUUAUCUGUCCUUGAAAUAACUGAUCUUGAGUCUGGGCUUCUAAAAUUCAGCUUUCACAGUGGUGGCUUUUGUUACUUUAUAGGUAAUUUCAGAUAUAUUGUAAGAAUCUUAAAGUGGAUAAGAGUCAGGAAAAUAGCAGAGCUGCAUGAGUGUUUAAAAUUUUGCUUCAUAUAUUAAAAGCAAUUUUAAGUAUUGUUCAGGGGUUCAGAGAAAAAGGCUGUGCUGCUUAGUCCUGGGAAUAUCUUAAAAGGAUUUGCCCUGAAGUUGUGAUGCAGCUGUUGAAAUUCCCAGGCUUCUCUGGGGUUCUUUGAGGAGGUAUCCUCUUUGUUCAGCUGGAAUUCAUUGCAACUUUGCUAAUAGCCGUUC